AUGACCACCCCUUGGUUGACUGGCGCUCCAGUUCGCUCUAGAGAGCUCUUGUGGCCAAAAGACGAUGAACUUGUUUCUUCUGGAAGUUGGGAUCGCGAAGGAAUGUCAACUGUGCAUGGAUUCGUGUUACACUGGUUCUCCUUCAUCCAGGAUACGGAACGGACGGUCAUUUACAUUGCAGAUACAAAUUCUGAUGUCUCAUCAGGACCAAUUAUUCUGACUCCGAUUGCGAACGAGUUGCAGUAUGCCUCGGAUCGCGUCGCGUUAGUGGGAACGACAAGGUUCGCGACGGCCGAGUGGAUUGUUAGUGAGAGUACGCUUAAAUUCAGAGUCCACCAGCUUGACGGGGUUGUCGAACGAGAGAGUUCGAUAUCUGUCCAGGCUGCAUUUGGUGACCUUCGCGUUUUAGACUCGAAAAUUCAUCUAUGUAUUUCAUCUGGCCCUACAAAUGCAUCCAACGCAGUUAUGACGCCGCAUCCGAUCCGCCUCGGUAGCGAUAUCGAGGAUUCAGAUACGACUCCAGUAUUUGCUGAUCAAAUUUUGAUAUGGGAUUUCGCGUCUGGCGCGUUUCAGCGCAUUUCAAUUCCUGAACCUAUGCGUCAUGGUGCAGAAUAUACUUUCCCUUCGGACCAUCAAGUUGUCCUAGCGGGCUUGGUCGAGGACCACAACGGACAAGAGCAACUCGCAUUAUCAUGUUUUAACAUAAACCAUGAGCCCCAGACUCAAUCUGUUGCGCGUUCAUUCUCUCCAGGUGGCUCUUCGCACGAACGAGUCCUCAAAGGGAUGGGUGUAGCAUCGGAGGACAACACGAAUUCCAGUGAUAUCAUUGUGCAUUCUUUUGACAGAAUUGCUGUGUUCAAUAAGGCAUUUUUUGACAAAGAAGUCGAGGAUAAUCCAGUGUCAGGUCGUUUACAUUUUCUUAGGUCCAUUCUGUUGCAAAAGGAUGUCCGAGUAUUACCAUUCUCCUUGUCGGGUCCCCUACCUGCCGUCGCAAACAAUCGAGUACUAGGUUAUAGGAGAAUCCAAGGGAAAUAUCAGUUCUUCGUACUGGAUUUCGACGAACAACGAGUCAGCGCUCUUCUCAACAUGAAACCAGAAGAACGGGAAGCUCUCCGAUUACAGCUCGCGGAAGCUGGUUCCCGUGUAACUGUCGUAACACGCCAGUCUUACGCCCAGGAAGAAGGUGUUGGUGGUGGCGCUGUUGAUGCUGAAUACCCCCCUCGUCGCGUACCUCCAGCAUGGAUGGCCCAUCUCCGUGCACUUGCGGAGGAGGAAAAACAGGGAGGGGCCCUCAUCUAUGAUGAAGCUCCAGAAGACCGCAGAGAAGGCAGAUGGGGAUUUGUGCAAUCGGAACUGCACCUCGGAAACCCAAUCACACUUGUGAGGGUGGGUAGAAUGGGUCUUGCACCUGAUCGCAUAGUUCUCAUACCUGAGCCGGGGGAUAGUGGUAUGAUCUGGUAUUUUGAGUAG